AUGUUUCGCGUCUCUUCAGCUCCCUCGUAUUUGCAUGCAUGGCUUGGCAGCGAUUCCUAUUUAUCUUUUCGUGGGGAGGUAGACCAACCCGCAGAUGGAGCAAAAAGCUCUGUCGCCACUUUUUUACUUGCUUCAGAUAGAGCUUCUUCAGACUCUUCCUCGCCAGUCCGUAACAUUGGUUGGACAACUUCAGUUCAGUACCCCACUACUCUGCCGCAUCUCCGUCGAAACACGUUUCACAAAGGGGAUAUUAACGAAGUAGAUUAA